AUGGUCAUGCCUUCGUUUUCCACCUCCGACACCCCCUACACGGCCGAGGCCCAUGAGGAGCAGGAUGAGGUUAAUUACGCCCGCGAAGUCCUCCUUCUAGACAACGGUCAAACCGACUCCCAUUACCACGAAAGUCUUACUCGAGAAGCCCAGAGGCUGGGCAUCAUGCCAGAGCCCACCAAACUGUCGGUUCCCGCGCUCUCAUACUCGACCUCUGAAUCGACCAAAUCAGUCCCCUCAGUCCGCUUGAGGUCUGCCUCAUCGAGCUCGCGUGAGAGUGCGUCGACAGGCCUCACGUCACAGUCAUCUAAUGAAGUCUAUGUCGAACCAGAGCCCAGUCUGCCCGUCUAUCGAAAACAUCUGCGGCGAAGCGUUUCCUCGCCCGAAUUUGACAAGUUUGCGGUGGUGGAGAAGGUGCAGGAAUUGCACCUGGAACCUCAUGCUCGCCUCCAACCUCAAAAUCUCUCAUCAAUCGCCUUCCCAACACGAAGGUCAUAUGGGAAAAUUAAAAAUAUGAUUCAGACGCGACUGCUAUGUCGACGCUCUAGCAAGUCCCAUUUAGGUCCGAGCAGUACGUGUAACCGAUGCCAUGAGCUCCUAACGCCUAGCGCUGUAUACCACACUCUAGUUUGUUGUCACCAUUACUGCAAAGGGUGUAUCGAAAAAAUGGUGUUGGAGAGCGUAUCAGAAAAAAUUUCUGCGCCACCCGGUUGCUGCCACGAAGAAAUCCCCUUCGCCGUCAUCACAUCCUCACUAUGUCACCAAAGUACUAUUAAACUGCGUCAAAACCUCCUCCAAAACCCCCAUCCCCCAAAACCCCGUAUCCUAUGUCCGAAUCCUGUAUGCCGAAAGCUUUUGCCUGAGAUCCGCAAGACGGACUCUAGGCAACCAUUUCGGGCAACAUGUGGUAGCUGCAAGACCAGUCUUUGCACCAUUUGUUCCAAGACAUCACACGAAGUGGGCAAAGACUGCCCUGCUGACUGGGCGAAGAACCUUCUAGUGCACCUCGACGAGAAAACGGGCGUACAUCGCUGUUACAAAUGUCGUAUGUUAGUCGAAGCUGAGCCCGGUAGUCGACAUACCACUUGCCAAUGUCAAGCUCAAAUCUGUUGUGGUUGCGAAGCCGUAUGGCAGCCGAAAAUCGGGUGUCCAAACCAUUGCUAUCACGAAAACAAACAAACUUCUCUCCUUGAGCCUGCCGUUUUUGCUACUGACGGUGAUGAAAUUACUGACUCUGAUGAUGAAUUUCGUAUUCCCGGAGAUAGCCCCUAUGAACACCUUAUUCACACGAGUAUUGACUUAUCCACUUUGCGCGCUAGACACAUCAACGAGCGAGAUCGCUUCCGAGCCUAUGAGCGUAAACUGAAAUGGGUCAUGAGUACCCGACACGAGCAGGAACGGAGUCAUAUCCUGGAAAGAUAUGAAGAGAAACAUGCCAAAAUCGUAGCGCUCCAUACUAAAGCGGCCACAAGCCUUGAGGACCGUCAAAUCUCUGCCGAGAUCGAACUUCGAACUAGUCUCAAGCAAGAUGAGGCUAACGUUCAUGUUCGCCUACGUCACAUGGAAGCAUACUGUGAUGAGCUAGGUCGCUCCAGUAGCGCCUCUAACCCAGCAAGGGUUGUUACAGAACGAGAUCUCCGUGAGUUGGGCCAGCAAUACAACGUGCGGGACAACAUUAAGCGGCUUCAUCAGAGCAAGGUCAAUGUUCUACGAGAAAAGCAGGCCAAACAGAUGGAACAGCUACUUGUACAGCAGGAGCGAGAGCUAGUUCGGCUAGAAGUCAAACGAGACGAGGAAAUCAAUGCGAUUGAACGUCGCUUCUCACAGGAAGAAGAAAGUUUUCGAAUGGUUUUUGCCAAGCGCAGAACGAAUAUGUUACGACGCUGGCAACUAGAACAGCUAAUUGGCUGGAAGAAGUUGGAUCAAGAGAAUCCACAUGUUCGCGAGAACACGGUUCGCAAAGUUGUGCCACGGGUUGAAUCAAAUUAUAGACUGACGCAAGCGGUAGAAUACCAUUAG